GUUACUCGCGCUGCCUAUUUCGCUUAUUUGUUAUCUAUUAUUCAAUCAAUGUUCAAUGGGGAAAAACACAGCCCCGUGCUGCUACUUCCGUUUAGCAUGUCUCACUGAUGUUGCCGCUAGUAGAGGUAGUCGUUAUUUGUUUACAGGUAAAUUCGACUCUUCUUAUCAAACUCGAAGAAGGAAUUAAACAACACAUUUAUGAGCCUCUGCUGGAGUGGCGCGCACAAGUGCGCUCUUGGAGGCGCAAUCAGCAGCGCGCACAGAUGAGUGCGCAUUGGAAUGCGCCCUGGUCGUGACAAUCGUAAAGCUUGGUUUAUACUCUACCUAAACAAGAAAAGAGAGAGUGCGCAAGAGAUCCUCAUCAGGCUCCAACAGAUUGUAAACCAGCGGUAUAAUCAUGGCAACCCCAAAAGAGAUGGCUCAACAACGAUCUCCGGUCAGACCAUCAGCGGCUUUGGUUUUCGCCACAUCUCCGUCAGCUGUAAGACGACAUGAGGGCAGUCGUUUGUCUUCUUCGGCACACCAAACAAUAACCCCAAAGCCAAUGUGGGCGCCUCUUGAAACUGAUGCUCCCAUCACGCUAGCGUCACAAAACAACGAUGAAGUCUACGUCUGCAAGCUUUGUAGCUGCUGGUAUGAAACGAAGAAAGGUCUGUCCAGCCAUGCCCGCUUCCAUCUACGGCAGAUCGGAAUCCCUGAAAGUGAGAUCAAGGGCAGCCCUAUUGACUUUCUGUACCAGAUCAUGAAUGAGGACAAGCUCAAGUCCGUCAGCAAGGAUCAACAGGAGCCCCGUUCUCCAAACAGUCUACUUGGGACUCCCAUUAAACGUCCCUCAGAAGUGUCCACUUCCCCCACGUCUCUUCCUUGUAAAAGAUCAAAGCCCUCAGAGAUGUGCACCUGUACUCUCUGCGGGGAGAAAUGUAAAAACCGAAGAGGUCUGGCCAGCCAUGCACGCUCUCACUUGCGUCAGAUGGGGGUGCUUGACCUGCUGGGGAAGGCAGAGUCAGCUAUCGACACUGUCCAGGAUCUGGUGAACAGCGGUGUGUUGGAAACCAUGCGCCACCCUAAAGUGAAAAGUACGUCCAGCUCCAACGCGAUUCCUUCUUCAGCACCAACGUCCCCACUACCUUCACCGCCUCGAUCUCCAGUCACAGGGCAAUCUAGACCCUCCUUUUUCCAGAGCCCUGCAAAGUCUCCCCAGAUUCCAGGGAAUCGGGCUCCAAAGGCUAAGAAGGGCUUUCGUCUGGCAGUGGACCCCCUCCUCAAAAAGCCCAAGCCGGAGCCUUUUGAGGUUGAUGUUUCUGCACUGAUUGGAUCCAGCUGUAGCAGCAGCAUCACCCCCACUCUGACCUCAUCACCUCCUGUAACUUCUUCACUGUCUCUCAGUGCAGCAUCUGCAACAGAUGAACAAUCGCCACCAACAGUCCUUUGCGACUAUUGCGGUCAGCUCUUUGAGACCCGCAAAGCCCUCUCGUGCCACGCCCGCGCCCACCUGCGUCAGCUUGGUCUCACCUGGUCAAUCAAGACGUCGCCGAUUGAUCUCCUCUAUGAUAUUAUGAUGCAGGGUGAAAACCACGAUAAGGGCUUUUUUCCCGGUGAGGCUGCAUUGUUGAAGAAAGCCUCCUUCAGCCCUCAGCGUUCUAAAAGGACAUCGGAGACAACCUCAAAUUCCUGCUCCUCACCUCUGGAUUACUCCAUGAAAGAGAAGACUCCAAGUGGCAAGAGUGAGGCUUUGAUCAUAGACAAAUCCUGCGAGGUUUGCGGCUUCGUUUUUGAAAACCGCACAGCGCUGGCCAGUCACGCACGGGCCCAUCUUCGUCAGCUGGGCAUUAGUGAAUGGAAGGCGGAAGGGGCGACCUCGCCGAUCGAACACCUGAGCGAGGUGAUGCAGAAGCACCCUGCCAAGGUGGCUGCUCUCAGAAAGCGCUAUCGAGAGGGAGACCUGAGCAUCAAGAAGAAAGGGUCUUCAAUAUUCUAUAUGUCGUCAGACUCUGAGUCUUUGCCUGCUCCCAACAUGAAGAUUUCAGGACAUUCAUUGGGCAAAGAGGACCAGGGCAUUUCUCCUGGUUCAUCCAAAAAGCCACCAGGCCACACCCACCCUGAAGCACCAUGUGGAAGCACUGGUGUGCGCUCUCCAAGAGAACGUACGGUCCCAAAACAACCUCCACCUGCAGAAGAAGAAAAUCAAGACACCAACUCCCAGCAACUAUCAAAAUCCGGCAACAUCCCGGCACUGCUGCCCAAACCUCCUUUAACUCCUUUGGUCAAACUUGUCGGAAAAGUUUACUCCCUCAAGUGCAGAUUUUGUGAAAAAGUGUUUCACGGGCCACUGUCUGUCCAAGAGCAGUGGAUCACACACCUGCAAGAACACAUCCUCUCUCUGGGCUACAAAGGCAAAGAGUCUCCUCCUGCAGCUCCAGUCGCUUCUGCUGCUCUUAUGCAUCCAGUAGCUGUUUAGUUUCAACAACUCUCCCAAAAGAGAAGUAUGGAUGGAUCAAUAUUUGUUUUUUUUGCUAACUAUAUUUUAACGAAAUAUAACUGCCCUUCACGGUUCUAUUUAAAGGGGACCUAUUUUGCCAAACCAACAUUUCCUACCUAUUGGUACCUGUUUUUGUGUAUUUGGUCCCGGAAAAUUAAAAUCAGGCCGUGGAGGCCUUCCCGAGAUAUUUAUAAAAUAAUCUUCAUACUUCCGCUAAACGAGCUGUUUGGAAUUUGCACAACUUCUGACGUUUUUCCUAGGUAUGGUAGAAAUUUACCAGAAUAAUUCACCAUUUUAAAAAUACGUUUAAAAUAUAUGUUUGUAGUCUGCCCGACAACAAGCCCAAAGUAUGAGCCGAGGAACGAAAAUGCUGAAUUUUAUUUGUUGUAUUAACCAACACCUGUCACUCCACACACUUCCAGUUUCAUUUGAAGAACUAAAAAUUGCCUGGCUAACUUUUUCGUUUUGCGGCGAUGUCCCUUUAACUUGUAAGUAGUGUUUCUUCGUGUGUGCCGACCACUUCGAAGAUUCCUGCUUCACAAACGUACGGCAAUAUAAAGAUGGAUUUAUUAACAGUAGAUUGGCAUUGUUUGAAGGAUACGUUAGCAAUGUUAGCUUGAUUUGUAGUGUAGCUUGUAGCUUAACCUUCUAAUUUAGAACCACAGCUCCGCCAACCUGCGGGAAUAUAAAGAAUGAUUUUCCUAUGACAUACUUUUAAGAAUAAGAUUAAUGGGGCGACAGAUAUAGUAUGAACCAUUGAGAUGCGUUUAUUUCUAGCCUUUCUUCAUCGGUUCCUUUUUGCUCCGGGUCUGACUCUACAUCAUACGUAUUAUUGGAUGUUAAAAUUAAUCGCUGUUGCCGUUAAUGUUUCAUCUUAAAAGUUAAAUAUACUUAGAAUAAGAGAUUUUUCAGUAUUUUGCUUGUGGGAAGCUUCUCUUUUAAACUACAAAUAUGGCCACCGAGGCGGGAACGAAGUUUCAGUCAGCGGGAGGGGGUGAGGUGGGGCAGCUAAAAAGUGGCUUGAAGAUAUGUCUUGACAGCAAAAGGUAUGCAAAACUAUGACCAAAUAACCAUCAUUACAUGUUAUGUAGACCACUAUACCCCAACCACCGGUCCAUGACACAUUUGCUACUGGGCCGCACAGAAACAAUAAUUAAUUUAGAAAUAACCGCAUUUUCUCUGACUUAACUUUCGCCUGUCCCACUAAACCUUGGGUGUCAAACUCAUUUUAGAUCGGAGGCCACAUGGAGAAAAAUCUACUCCCACGUGGGCCGGACUGGUAAAAUCAGGGCACGAUAACUUAAAAAUAAAGACAACUUCAGAUUGUUUUUUUUUAAUUAAAAAUAAUGUUGGUUUUUAUACACUUACAUGUUGCGGUUAAUAUUAUUCUCUUUAUUUGUCGUUUAUACUUUCUGAAAAAAUCAUGUGAUAAUGUUCAUCAUACUUAUGUAUAUUGCUCAUUUUCCUUAACUGGUGCACUAACAUGUGGUUUACAUAUGUAGCAUCAUCUACAAAGAUACAAAGAAUUGCUAUUGUGACAUCUAGUGGACACAUUUAGAACAGCUGUUUCUUUUAUUCAAAAAUUUCGGCUCAUUUUUAUACUUAGCAAACUCAUCCCGCGGGCCGAAUAAAACCUGUUCGCGGGCCUGAUCCAGCCCGCGGGCCGUGCGUUUGACACCCCUGCACUAAACACCAAUAAGCCUUUUAAUAGAUGUAUAUUACACCUCCUUUGUUAUAGUACAUGGGACAAUGCACAUUAAUGGACAUAUACAAUGUUAAUGUGACAGAUUGUAGCCAAAAGCUAAUUUUUUUGCUCUUUUUAUCUGCCACACGUAGAAAGCAGGUCCCUGAAAAUAAUGCAUACAUUAAACCGGUCCCUGGAAAAAAGGUUGGGGAACCCUGAUGUAGACCAUCAAAUCAAAUCAAAUCAACUUUAUUUAUAAAGCACAUUUAACAUUUAUCACAGGGGUAGCCAAAGUGCUGUACAAUGGGCAGGUUAAAAGAUAAUACGAGAACCGAGCAAACACAACACAACACAAACAGAACACGAUAAAAAAUAAAUAAAUAAAAUAUAAAAACAGGUGCACAGCAGGUGUGUUAUGGGGCGCCAUUGCAGGAUGGAUAUCACUCAGUGUUAAAAGCCAUGGAAUAAAAGUAUGUUUUUAAGAGAGAUUUAAAAACAGGAAGAGAGGAGGCUUGUCUAACACUCAGAGGUAGGUUGUUCCAGAGCUUGGGAGCAGCAGCGGCGAAAGCUCUGUGACCUCUAAGCUUCAGCCUUGUGUCAGGGACCGUCAGUAGCAGCUGAUCGGCUGAUCUUAGGGAUCGGGUGGGGCAGUAAGGCUGAAGGAGGUCGGAGAGAUAUGUUGGCGCGAGGUUGUUUAGACAUUUAAAAACAAAUAAAAGGAGUUUAAAAUUGAUUCGGUAACGCACAGGGAGCCAGUGAAGGGACGCUAAUAUAGGGGUGAUGUGCUCACGUCUGCGGGUCUGUGUUAGCAGACGACCAUGUUAGAGUACCACCUCAAAAAACAUUUGGCUUUCCAAGUACCACCAUAAUUACUAACAUUAGAAUACAGUAGCAUAGCAGGCAUAAGUAUUCAUUAUAAAACAAGGCAGAGGUUUUAUUUAAGAAGUAUUUCAUGGCCACUGUAAGAUUACACACAGUUUGAACAGUAACACUGUUAGGAUAUUGCAAAAUAAAACGCUGUACUUUAAUCAAGUGAUUCUUUGGCGUACCACAAGAUGGAGCCUGUAACACAGUUUGUGAUGUAGACCAAAAGAAAGUGUUUUGAAAAUUGAAAAAAAAAACGUCAUACUAGGUCCCCUUUAAAUGAAUAGCCCAACGUUUUGCUGCUUGAUUUUAAGCAAUUUUAUGAGGGACCAAAUCUUGCACCAGAAACAUUUUUAAAGAGUUUACUGUGACAAAUGUUCAAAAGAGUCUUUUACUUAAACAUUGUCCUGCCAAACUGGACUUUCUGUACUUAAGAUAGUCUGCAGGUACAGAAUAAAUGUUUUUCUCUACUCUUUUUAUUAUAUCUGCUCAUUUUCACUACAUGUAAAUUAAAUCUGUCUAGUGUACAUGGUGUGAUUUUAUUCAAUCUGCCCCUUUUGGUCCCAUAUAUCAUUCUUGCAUGGGUUCUAUCAUUAAUGAAAAUAAAAAAAUAUUGUGCAUGUACAGGUGCAUCUUGAUAAAUUAAAAUAUUUAUUGAUUGACAUUUAUGAGUUUAA